UCCGCACUUGGAUGCGUGCUGAUGGACCCACCGUUCAUCGAUGCCAUCAGGUGCAGUGCCCAUUUCUCUGCCCCGACUGGCCCUCUUCCGGUUCCUUCGCCUCCCUCGGCCUCCUGUCUCUCCGACUCCUCGCCGCUGGUGAACCUGCUUGCGGCUUCCAAAGGAAGGUGAGGUGGUACCCUCCAUCAUCUCCAUUCUUCUUUUCGCAUUGCCGAGCGCCCCCGCCCGCUGUCUGUUCGACGGAAUGCCUGAGGGGCCAGCGGCCAAGGAGCCGACCAGUCCGGCCGGCGCCGCCGCGGGUGACGCCUUCGCCGCCCUCCCGGACGAGAUACUGCAGCACGUGCUCUCCUUCCUCCCGGCGCAGCCGGCUGUGCGGACGUGUGUCCUGGCUCGGCGCUGGCGCCGACUCUGGGAGGGCGCGGCGGGCCUGCGCAUCACCGCCGCCAAUGCGCCCGAGCCGCCGUGCGCCCCGGACGACCUGGUGUCCUCGGGGGAGCUUCGGGAGUUUGUGGACCACCUGCUCCUCCUCCGUGGCGGCGCGCCGCUCGACAGUUGCGAGUUCUGGUUCGAUGUGCGCGACGACGUGGACGUGCCACACGUCAACCUCUGGAUCCGGCACAUCGUCCGGUGUCAAGUUCGGCGGCUCGUGCUCAGUAUCACCCGGGAGAAUGAUGUCAGGGGCCUUCAUUUUCAUGUCGACAACCUGCCUCUUGUCUCACGGCACCUGAGGAGGCUAGAGUUGUACGACACAAAAUUGAGUGACAGCUUCCUUGAUUUAUCAGGCUGUCCAGGACUGGAAGAUCUAUAUAUCGACAAUGGUGACUUUGGCAAUGCCAAGAGGAUCUCGUCUAAAUCUGUGAAGCACCUGAGUGUCACCAAUUCCUGCUUCAAUGAGCAGAUCCGCACUAUAAUUGAUGUCCCAAGUACUAUUUCACUGUGGCUAGAGAGCCCAUGGGACAGGACUCCUGUGCUUGGGAGCAUGCCAUUGUUAGCAGUGGCAUUUGUCAGAUUUGGCACCGAUUGUAUGUCGUUGGAUGAGUGCUAUAAUUCUGAAUCUGGGGACUGUGAUGAUGAGCACUGUCAAGGGUGUUAUGGCCUGGAAGGUGAUAAUUUUAAUGGUAGCACUGCCAAUGUCGCCAAAAACAACAAAUCAGUGCUUCUGAAUGGUUUAUCAGGAGCUAAGACUUUGGUCUUGACAGAUGAAUCUCAAAAGUUCAUUUUCAAACGAGAUGUGAAAUGGUGCCCCAUGUUCAGAAUGUUAUAGACUUUGCUACUAAAUGAAUAUUGGUGUGUGCCUCCAGACUUCCGUGAAUUAGCUUGUCUUCUUGAACACUCACCAGUUCUAGAGAAGCUCACUCUUCAAAUUUUUUUCCAAGGGACCUGAACAUAAGUUUGAAAUCAUUGGAAGCUACAGUCAGAUGGAGGGAUCUCCUGCAAUAUCAGAAAAUCUUAAGAUUGUUGAAGUCAAAUUUGAAGUAGCUGAUGAGGGAGUUCUGAAAGUUUUGUUCUUCCUGGAAACACUUAACAUAGAUUUCAAAUUUGACGAAGAAGAGGAGACUUUGGUAGAAGAUGUAUCUACUACUACCUCUUAAUUACUGCAUUAAGAAAUGGAAGGCUGAAUUUGCUCUGGCAAGGGUUCUGAUGUUUUGUAUGUGAACUUUUCAUGUUACUUCUGCUUGUAAUAAACUAGGACUACAACUUAAUCGGAAUCAGUAUGAGCUGUUUAGGCCAUUGAGAUGGUCCUAAUAUACUGCGCUAUGUUCGGUUUUGUAUCUAUCUCCGUUUAUGUGCCAAGGACAGUGCUUUACCGUUCUGUGGUACAUUAAACUUGUUGAUUGUCCUCCUAAUGAUCGAAUGUACUGUCCUUGGUCCACGGCUUUGUUCCUCGUCCUUUAUGGCUCACAUUGGCAAGUCGGUUCAUCGACGAACCUGUACUGUGCGAUUUGAAUGUGAGAUGGCGUGAAUUUGAGUUAA